ACCACAGAGUCUGCCAUCUUUGAUUGUGCGACAGGCCGCGGCGCGAGCGGGGCCUCACUCAACUAGAAAAACGGUCUGGCACGAGAGAACGGGACCAUUGGACUACGGUGUUACCGGCUCCCGCAGUGACGGCCGAACAGACGAGGACUGGCUGGCGGCUUUUAGCAGCGGAGAAGACACACAGCUCAGAGCCGCGCAUGUGGAGCUGUUGGUUGGCAGGCAACCAUCGUUAGCCGAGCUGGGUUAGCAGGCUAACCAGCUUUUGUAAUCCGCCGGCCACACACACAUUAGUCCAGCACCAACCAGGCCCAACCCGGGUUUCAAGUGAGGCCGUUCAACACCCGACAGAACAAAGAAGGCACCGGCGGUGGCAGGAGGCUGGUUCUGGGGGCGUGGCCAAAGGACCAGACUCAAUGAGUUUCCAGCGAAAUGUCAGAGAAGUCAGGGCAGAGCACCAAGGCAAAGGAUGGCAAAACAAAGUAUGCAACCCUUAGCCUCUUCAAUACCUACAAAGGCAAAUCUCUGGAAACCCAGAAAACUGCAGUGGCUGCCAGACAUGGGCUCCAGAGUUUGGGCAAAGUUGCUGUCAGCCGGCGUAUGCCUCCUCCGGCCAACCUGCCCAGCCUGAAGGCAGAGAACAAGGGAAACGACCCCAACGUCAACAUUGUCCCCAAAGACGGUAGUGGUUGGGCAUCCCGAACUGAGGCUGGGGAGGAGAGGCAACAGGAGACACCCCCACCCCCGACCAAACCAGCAGUGCUCCAGCCACAAGAGGUUUCUAUUGGGGGAAGCCGCUCCUGGGCAAACAGCAAGCAGACACAGCUAGACGGGUCUCCUCGUGUGAGCAGCCAUUUUCACCAGGAGUUUCCCAGCUUGCAGGCGGCUGGUGAGGUAGAGAAAGGGGACGGUCAAGAGGAGGAGCCUUAUGGACCAGGCCCCAGCCUCAGACCUCAAAAUGUUGGCAGUUGGCGUGAGGGUGGAGGCAGGAAUUUGAACACUGCAUCCAGCCCCCCUGAGAUGGAUAACAAGGCUCCUGAGGAGGGCAGUACGGGCCUUGGUACCUCUACACCACCAGGGGAGGCUGAUGAACCUGGCCGAAACCUAACCACUGACAGUCAGAGGGAGAAGAGGGAUGGCAGGGAGAGGUUGCCCCCCUCUGGCCCUCCUCAGCCUAAACUUAAUGGGGGGCAGCAGCCUUCUGCCGGGGUGCCAACUCACUUUGACCCUGCUUUCAGGAGCAUGAUGCCACCUUACAUGUUCCACGCCUAUCCUCAAAUGUCUUUUGCACCAGGGCAAGGGAACUUCAGAUACCCUGUACCACAAGAAGGAACAAAGGCUCCUCGUUCAGCACGACCCCAGCAGGCUCCCCCCCAGGCCUGGCUCCAAGACCCAGACAGACCCUCGAUAAUCAGUGCAACAGAACUUAAGGAGCUGGACAACUUAGACACUGACGCAGAUGAGGGCUGGGCAGGAGCUCAGAUGGAGGUGGACUACACUGAGAAACUGAACUUCAGCGAUGAUGAGGAGAACCAAGCUGCUAAAGAAAAAGGAGAAAACUGGGAGUGGAUGGGCAAAGUGGAGCGUAUGAGAUCUCGGGCUCCAGAUGGUCAAGAGGGCUGGAAAGAGGGAUCUGAAGAACGCGGGGGCAGUAAAACCUCAUGGGCUGACGGUGCAGAUCCCAGAGCGCCAUCACCAGGCAGUAUAGGGCAGUUCAAUAAGUCAACUGCUCCACAAGAAUUCCAGGGUGGCAGUCGUCCAGUCGGUGGUGGAGCUCCACGUGGUAGCAAACCACCGGCUGCAGCGGCACCCGGUCCUGAUGAGGACUCUGACGCCUGGCGACAGAAGCGCAAGAAGCCCUCAGAAGUCUCUGAAGCGGUGGAGCGAGCAAGACGGAGGAGGGAGGAAGAGGAGCGGCGGAUGGAAGAACAGCGGCUCGCUGCUUGUGCUGAGAAACUUAAACGCCUCAAUGAGAAACACCGCCAGUCCAGUGAGGGCAAACCUGGCUCUUCUCAGACCACCAAUGACGAGGCAGGAGCUGCCCAUGAGGAACCUUCCUUAUCAGCGCCUCCUCCUGUGUCCAGUCCUGUUCCCUCGGUCCCAGUUUCACAAUCACCAGCCCCGAUCUUGCAAGCUCCUCUAUCUGAGAGGGUGGAUCGAGACAGGGACAGGAUGGAGCGGGAACGAGAGAGAGUAGAACCGAGUGCUGAGGAGGAGGUUCAGUUGCCUCGUCAGCCCAGCCCCCCUCUCCAGAGACCUGUAGCUGUAGCUCCAGAGCCACAGAGUGAGGGUGAGACCACGCUGGCUGAGGUCGGCCCAUUGGGGGAAGAGAACCAGACUGACAGGGCACCGGUGCCUAUCCGUGACUAUUUUAAUGUGGAGGAAAACAGAGUGGAUGAGCCCCACCUGUCUCUGCCCCACAUGGAAAGCCCUGGUGGUGAGGAUGUUCCCAUUGCAACCCCACAGCUGGAAGGGGAGGCAGCUGCUGCUAUGCGUCCCUCUCUAAUCUCAGGCUAUUCCAAGCAGUUUCAAAAAUCUUUGCCACCUCGUUUUCUCAGACAGCAGGAACAGAUGAAGCAGCAACAAUGGCAACAACAGCAACAGCAGAGUGGGGGCUCGUUGUCUCCAUCAGGUGGUGGCAGUGUGCCAGCUACCCAGCAACAACAACAACAACAACAGCAGCAGCAGCAGCAGCAGCAGCAGCAGCACCGCUCCAUGUAUCAACCCAUUGGUCCCCACCACCAGCACCUGGCUUCCAUGGGCUUUGACCCCCGCUGGCUCAUGAUGCAGUCCUACAUGGACCCCCGUAUGAUGUCAGGUCGCCCUCCUAUUGACAUGCCAUCCAACAUUCACCCUGGGAGGAUGCCACCUAAGCAAAUUGUGCGCCGAGAGCCAGGUGACAACUCUAGCUCAAGCUCUGACUCAUUUGACCACUUGACCCGACCAAUCCGUGACCACGGCCUGCCAUCUGACUCACGGAUGGUGUGGGGAUCAGACCCUUACCCACAGUCGGAACCAUUGCCCUCUGUAACUCCUCCAAAAGGCCGGGAUGAUAACAAGGAGCAAAGGAUGGACUCCGGAUUGGAUCUGGACAGGGGACUUCCAGCUAUCUACCCUCAGGACCACAGCUCAUUAGACUCUCGUAAAAGUAACUUCUUCCGUGACCCAUCAGAGUCCCUGUCACCGUUUACCCAGGGCUCAGAGGACACUUCAGGCCCUCUAGACAGGGUCCCUGUAGGCUCAGCCUUUGAUUCUGAGGAGCCAGGUUUACCGAGUGGGGAAGAGGUGGAAGCUCUUGGUCAGGCAAUGCUACAGAGGAGUGUUUCCCAGGGCUCCAGCCAUUCCCUUAAGCUAGAUGAGCAAAGGUUUGAUGGGCUACCCCUGGGAACAAAAUCACUAGAGCUACAAGACACAGGGGAACGGCCUGAUGAUAAGCCCCAGAAUGAACUCUAUUCCCAGGCUGCAGUAACCAGUAGCAGGGCUACACCUCCUGUGGAUGGAUUACACAAACCAGAGAAGCUACCUCUGCCUGCCCCAAGCAAGCAGAAAGCUGAGCUGCGCUGGGGUGGGAGAUCAGGGCCUGGUCGCAGAGAAGGACCAGGGGGCGAGAGACCAGUGCGCAGGUCUGGGCCAAUAAAGAAGCCUGUCCUGAGGGACAUGAAAGAAGAGAGGGAGCAAAGAGAAGAGAGAGAGAAGCGUCACGAGAGAGGAGAAAGAGGCGACAGGCCCAAAAAGGAUCAGUCAUCCAAAGCUCCUUCUGCAGCUGCUGCUGUGUCUGAGGGCUCCAGACCUCAGGCUGAGGGGAAGAGGGAAACUGUAGAGGUGGAGGAAAUGCCAGUCGCCCAUCCAAGGACCAGAGACUCUCAGCCUUCCUCUGGGGUGCCCACCUCUUCCUCUCAGGAGGAGAAGGCAGAAAAACCGCCAAGCAGUGACAAACAUCCAGAGCCCAAACUGCCCUCCCGGAAAGAGUCCAACUUUCCUCCACGAGCAUACCGGAGAGAGGAGAGAGAGAGGGAACGGGAGAGGGACAAGGAAAUGGACAGAGACAGAGAGCGAGAAUGGCCUGCUGACUCGAAUUUCAAAGGACGUGGUCGAGGGGAGUAUUAUUCUAGAGGACGCAGCUAUCGGGGGACUUACAGCGGCCGAGGCAGGGGUAGCCGUGGUCGGAGCCGGGCAGAGUACCCUUACCGAGAGCCCCGAUCACGCUCUGACUUACCAUCCGUUGGCGGUGCUGCUGCUUUUCGCAACAGGGAAGAAAGCGAGACACGUAGUGAGAGCUCAGACUUUGAAGUUAUACCAAAACGCAGGCGUCGUCGUGGUUCAGACACAGACUCUGAAAGCGAAGGUGGGAGGGAGUCUGCCAGUGACACUGGCCCUUCUGACCGUGAGCCGAGCACCAAACCUAGCCGCCCAUUGAGAAGAGAGCUCCCUGGGGACGGCCGGCCGGGGCCUCACAAGCCGGGCUUCGGACCUCCUCAUAUUGGGGAAAAGGUCGGCCCACGAGGUGACGAUGAAAGUCGGCCCAAGCCCGGAUUCCUUCCUAAAGGAGAGCCGUCACGGCGAGGAAGAGGAGGUUUAUACAGUAGACGGGGUGGAACAAGGGAACGCGGAGGCCCUCGCUCAGCCCCUCUUAGACGGUCAUCAGCUAGAGAGUCUUCCUCUCAGUGGCCCUCUAAACCAAUGGAGACAUUCAGGCCCGAGGACACGGAGUCCUCGGCAAGAUAUGACAAUCCUCCCACUGACCGACGACCUCCUAAAUCAGAGGGCAAGAAAUUUGGGGACGGGGCACCUCAAAGUAGCAGAGAAAGGCCUCGUCGAUCCAGACCGGCGCGGCCUCCAAGGCAAGAUAAACCUCCCCGCUUUAGGCGCUUGAAAGAGCGUGAGGCUGCAGUGUUGGCUAGUGGAGAGACAAUCCCCAAUCCUUCUGUUCCUUUAUCCUCUGUGCCUGCUGCUGUCCCUAGCUCUGCACCUGCCCCGGUCUCCCUAUCCCCAACCCUCUCUAGAGCCCCAGGAACUCCUCUAACUGUGCCUGCAGAAGUGGCAAACGCAGGGCCUGCACCCGACCUGCCCUCUCCUUUAGAAACACCCCUGCCUGAAACCAGUAGUACCAGCGUCACUGCAGUCGGUACCAAAUCCCCCGACUUGUCAAAUCAGAACUCAUCAGAUCAAGCCAAUGAGGAAUGGGAGACUGCCUCUGAGAGCAGCGACUUCAAUGAAAGGAGAGAGAGAGAAGAGAGGAAAGGAGCACUGGAGGCUGCUAACGAAGCAGCUGCUGCUUCUACUCCAGUACCUGCAGCUCCUCAGGGUACUUUGACCCCCAGUAAAAGCCCACCCGAUGGAGGUGUGAUUCCAAAGCGCGAAGGAGCUCCUGCUGCCAAAAGGAGCUUCUCAAGUCAGAGGCCGACGGAGAGACAGAAUCGUAGAGGAAACAGUGGAGCCAAGCCGGGCCGCAGCUACGCAGGUGGCAAAGGAGAGAGGAGGGGAGGCCCUAAAGCUGGCCGUAAAGGCCCUGCAGCCCAGCAGAACUUGGAUGCAACAGCACCAGCAGCUGGAGGAGGAGCCCCGAGAUCUGCAAAAGAGCAGUCUUCCCGUCGCAAAGAGGAGGCCAAACAGGCCACUAAGAAGCCCAAGGAGAAUGCUCUUUCUCAGUUUGAUCUCAACAACUAUGCCAGUGUUGUGAUUAUUGAUGACCACCCAGAGGUCACCACUACAGAAGACCCACAGUCCAGCGCCAAUGAUGAUGGCUUUACAGAGGUGGUCUCCCGCAAGCAACAGAAACGCCUGCAGGAUGAAGAGAAACGGAAAAAGGAAGAGCAGACUACUCAGAACUGGGGUAAAAAGGGCUCAGGUGAGAAGAGCAGAGGGGGCGGGGGAAAGCUGCCACCAAGAUUUGCUAAAAAACAAUCAUCGCAGCAGCAACAACAACAGCAACAACAGCAGCAGCAGCAGCAACAACAACAACAACAGCAGCAGCAGCAGCAACAACAGCAGCAGCAGCAGCAGCAGGCAUCACAGCAUCAGCCUCCUCUAGCGUCUGCCCCCCAGGCCCAACAGCAGCCUCCUAUUGCUGCUGCCCCUCAUCCUCACCUAGUCCCCUCCCAGCCGACUGCAGCCCCUCAGACUCUGGAAGGAGCAGUGGCUCCUCUGGCCUCUAUUCCCACUGCUUCUGUGGACUUCAGCUCAAAAAGUUUACCGCCUGCUCCCACGACACACAGCGCCCUGGGUACAGAACUGUGGGAAAACAAGGUGGCAGGUUCCACUGUCCUACCUGACGUCAAGAAGCUUGGUCCAAUCAGCCCUCCCCAGCCACCUUCUGUGAGUGCCUGGAACAAACCUCUUACCUCCUUUACUGGCACGGUCUCCUCAGAGGGUGUUAAGCCCGGAGCUGAGGGCAGUGUUGAACUGGGAAUAGACAGUAUUCAGUUCGGAGCGCCAUCAUCUGCUGGCAGCACCGACAGCGAUGGAGUUCCUCCGUUGCUAGAAAGUGGCUCUGAAAACAAGCUACCUGCUCCCAAAGAACAGAGACAGAAACAACCUCGAGCUGGUCCAAUCAAAACACAGAAGCUCCCUGAGAUGGAACCUGUGGAAACCAAGGAGUACAAGCCAGGUCCCAUUGGUAAAGAGCGCUCUCUGAAAAACCGCAAGGCCAAAGAUGCACGUGGAGGAGAAGGCGAAGGGAUGGAAGGAGGAGUACCUGGAGGUGGAGUCAGCAGAACGACAGACUCCAGUCCUCCCACUAGUGACACCACGGUACCGGAACUGGGAGGAGACAUUGAGGGCAUGAUCACAGUCCCCUCAGCAGAGUACAACAGUAACUCUAAGGAGUCUGUCACUGACUACACGGCCCCCUCCUCCUCGCUGGCUGACAGUGUUCCUACAGGAGGCAAUAAGAUGGAAGAGAGUUUGGUGGCCAGCGUGGCACUACCCCAUUCAUUGCCCCUUCCUCGUCGAGAGACACUGCAGCAGAGCACGAGCCUCAGCACGGUCUCUCCUGCUACUGUGGACCUAACACUAAAGAUGGAAUCGGCUCGCAAAGCAUGGGAGAACUCUCCGAGUCUGGAGAAGAAUUCUCCAGUCACUUCCUCUUCCUCCCCUAUCACCUCCUGUGCGUCUUCAUACUCCUCCUUCUCCUCCACCUCCAUGCCGCAGAUUCCUGUGGCUUCGGUUACCCCCAGCACCUCACUGUCAGGUUCUGGUACCUAUACAACAUCGUCCCUCAGCACCAAGACGACCACAGCCUCCGACCCCCCUAACAUCUGUAAGGUGAAGCCCCAACAGCUUCAAGGUGGAAGCCUGUCCUCUAGCAGCAGCAGUAGUAGCAGCAGCUUCUCUCAGCUGGGCUGUGUGCCUCCCCUCCUGCCCCAGCAGCAACAGACCCCACAGGUGUACGUCUCCCAGUCUGCAGCAGGUUCUGCAGCUCAGAUUCCAGCCUUCUACAUGGACACUAGCCACCUCUUCAGUACGCCCCACCCUCGUUUGGCCCCUCCCUCCCUGGCACAGCAGCAAGGUUUCCAGCCUGGCCUUUCACAGCCAACAGCAGUGCAGCAGAUUCCCAUCCCCAUCUAUGCUCCGCUACAAGGUCAGCCUCAGCACCAACACACGCACCAGGCUCAGCUCGGACUCAGCACUGGUCCUCCGGUCUCACAGCCACAGGACCUGUUCAGCUCCUCGCUGCAGCCUUACAGGUCUCAGCAGGCGUUCAUGCAGAGCAGCUUGUCGCAGCCCUCCAUGAUGCUGUCAGGACCCUCUCUGCACAGCUAUCCAGGCGUGCAGGCGUCCGAGCUGGGGAAGCCACAGUCCAAUCUGGCUUAUCAGCAGCCCUCCUCCACUCAACACAUUCCCAUUCUGUUUGAACCACAGCUCAACCAGCCGUCUGGUAUGGGGGGCUCCCAGCUCAUUGAUACACACCUGCUGCAGGCUCGACAGGGAAUGAAUCAGCAUUCAAACAUGUACUCAGGGCAGGUGCAACAACAUGGUCAAAGUAGCUACUACAGCAACACUCAGUCACCCAGUUCAAUGCAACAGGUGACUGUCCCUCUGCCUGGUUCCCAGUUGUCCCUCCCUAACUUCGGUUCAGGUGGAGGUCAGCCCCUCUUGGCUCUGCCUCCCACUCCACCCCAGGCCCAGCCCCCCAACAUCAACCGUCAGCCCCCAGUGUCUCAGCAGUACAGAGGCCUCAUGGGCCCGAACCACAACAUGAUGCAGCCUCCCACCAGCAAGAUGGACAUGGAUCUGAAACUCUUUGGCAGUGGCAUGGAUGUGAAGCCUGGAACCCCUCCGGUCGGCGGCAGGAGCACAACACCCACCUCCAGCCAUUACAGGGCCAGUUCCACCUCUCCUAGCAGCCAGUCCAGUAAGAUGAACAGCUUGCUCUACCAGAAGCAGUUCCAGACCAGUUCUGGCGGCAUGAGGAUAACCCCGCACUUCCCCGGCCAAUUCAACCCACAGAUCCUGUCUCAGCCCAGCAUCGUGUCUCCGCUGGUCCGCCCUCCUCAUGCUAACUCUUUUCCUGGAGGUGUCCCGCGCUCUACCAUGGGCCCUCCAAUGCCACCCAAUGUGGGUGGCGGUCUCAUGCCUCAUCCCCGACCGCAGCACCCGCAGCACCCGCAGCACAGCCAGCACCCUCCACGAGGACCCUCUGGUCCCUCACUCGCACCCAGAGGCACACAUGCUGCUCUAAAAGCUGAACAGGACCUGAAGGCAAAGCAGCGGGCUGAGGUGCUCCAGUCUACUCAUAAGUUCUUCUCAGAGCAGCAGCAGCAGCAGCAACAGCAACUGAAGGCCCCGCAAGUCAGCAAGGCCCCUCGGCUCGACCAAGGAGGAAAACCCUCUCUUGACACUUCGGCGCCAAACCACCAAGCAGGAGGCGACCGCCCCGAUUCUGACAAAGCCCCCGUAUCCACAGCCAAGCCCAUACGGACUGGCCCCAUAAAACCGCAGGCCAUCAAACCAGAAGAGGGCAAGUAAAAAGCUUCCGACCCUCUUCGGGGUGACGAAAUGGGGAAGAGAGCCUCAUUCACUCAGCCACCACCUCAUAUCAGCCCUGGAGGGACAGUGUGGGGGAGGAGGAUGAAUUGUGUAGAGAUCCAGACGAUGGUGGUCGCUGACAGUAGGCGCUGUCGCAUGUAAACAUAUUCCUCUUCCUCUUCUUUCUUCCCCUGUCUCGUCCCACGGUAGGCUGAGGCAUUUGAGUUGGAUUCUUCCAUCUUGUUUAGAUGCCGAUAAAAUUGCUGCACAAGUUGUUCCAUAGAAAUCUGCUCUCGACGAUAGACGAGAGGAGAGUUGAAGAGAGAAAAAAUUGAGAUUUGCUGCUGAGUUUGCCAUUUUUAUAGCUCUUCAUUUCUGUUCCUUUUAAUCCCCCUUCAAAUAGGAUCACGCAUAUUAUAGGAGAAACCUGUUUUGUUAAUGAAAGAAUGAACCUGAUUUGUUUUUGUAGUCGGAACAAUCUUAAGGAGAUGUCAUUUAGUGAAGAACACUUUUUGUUGCCCAGUCUCCCAUCGUAACUAAUCCAGAGAUCUGUGCACACACUCACUCAACGGUUUGAUCCAGUUACUGCACGCAGUCUUGAAACCAGAAAUUCUGUGUUCAUUAUGUUAGUUUUUUUUUUGUUUGUUUGUUUGUUUUACCAGAAUGGAAAUGUGAAAAUUGCAGCAUUUGAUUGACUUUAAGGAUUGAUUUGUUGAUUCGUCUGCCUGUGAGCCUUCGCUCCUGCCUUCCGCUCUCAUCUCCUUGCCUGAGAAUGACUGGGGGGGGUGUGUGUGUGUGUCGGGUGUGUGCUUGUGGUAUAAACAGGGGGUAUAGCUUGUAGCUGGACUCUCCUGUACAUUUAGCCAAAGGUUAAAGCAGCGCUGAGAUGAUGUCGCGGCCUUUUGGGAUUGCUGUUGCCACGGGAGCAGAGUUUUGAUUGGACUUAACAGGAUUUCAUGGGUGAUGUAUGAUCACUACUUACAGCUGUUCCGGUGUAGGGGGGCUACUGUCACACACCCUUCCACUGCUUUCACACCCAUCCCUGCUGUCACACAUACACACCUCACUGUAAAGCACCCAGACCUGCUGCUAUUGACUGAUUUCAGUGCCCUUAGCUCGAGUAUAGCAGGGUAGGGCCGUCUAGAGGGAUUGAUUCUGCGAGUUGAUUGUUGAAACGGUAGAAAACUUGCGAGUGUGUAUGUGGACCUUCGUGGCGAGGGGGAACAGGGCGGAGAACAAGGAAAAAGAAAUGCGAAGCCUCAAGUUCUGAAGCGUCUUGGCAGGAGGACACUUUUUGUUUUGUUGUCUUUACUGAUGAGAGCAAUCAGUGCUGUUUUCUGUCUCUGCCUCACCUCCGCUGGCUGUCCCACCCACAGUGCUCUCAUCUUGGGGAUGUGACAGAAAUGUACAGUAGUAUGCACCCUAAGGCAGUGAGGGAGUCCUCCUCACAUCUACCUUGCUUUGGAGGAUGAAUGAGGGAGGGAAGGGUAAUGACUUUUUUUUUUUUUUUUCUUUUGUUGUACUUGUACAGGGGUUUCAUCGCUGUAUUAAAAUAUGUACGGUCUUAUUUACAUUCUCUUGGUUUGGUUACAGAAACUAAUAAAAAUAAUAUACUGUUGA